AUACCAAUCCAAUCUUCCCCUCCUCUUUCUCUCCACUCCCCUCCGCUGUCCCCACCCCAGAUUCCCGUGCAAUUUUCCCCAAUCCCAAACACUUAAUUGAGCAAUUGGGAUUCCUCACGUGUGGGCUGAUUUGUAGUUUGAACACGUGGCUCAUUCAAAAAACCGGAGUAGCAGAGGAUUUUUUUUUUCCUUCCUCUCCCCCCUUUUUUCUUCUUCUUCUUCUUAUUCUAGGCUCCGGACUAAGAGGCGGGCGCCAGCCUUACCGUGUGUGACACUCUCUGUCUCUUUGCCAAGGGGUUUUGGAGGAAGACACAAAGUAGUUUCUCCUCCUUUUUCACCCAGCCCGCCAUCGUUCGGAGAUUAAUAAUUGAGCAUUUAUUCAUUGCGCGAUAGAGACGGAGGGGCGAGGGAGCGCAGCGCAAACGCACUGUGAGGCUGCCAGUUUAAAUCUAUCUGUGGCUUGAACGACCGGGAAGCACGCCACGGUCACUCCGUAGUAGUAGAGGCGAUUUGGGCUACUCCAAAACAGUGCACAUCCGUGAGCGCAACUAACCGCCUCUCCCUCAGCGUAAAGAUUGUCUCUUCACGGCACACAACAUGAAUAAGCUAUACAUUGGCAACGUGAGCGCAGAAGCGACUGAAGAGGACUUCGAAAGUAUCUUUGAGCAGCGGAAGAUUCCGCACAGUGGUCCAUUUCUUCUCAAAAGUGGCUAUGCGUUUGUGGAUUGCCCGGACGAGAAGGCUGCAAUGAAGGCCAUCGAUCUACUUUCAGGGAGAGUUGAACUCCACGGGCAACUUCUCGAAGUUGAACACUCGGUCCCUAAACGUCAAAGGAGCUGUAAACUGCAGAUCAGGAACAUCCCGCCUCACAUGCAGUGGGAGGUUUUGGACGGAAUGCUUGCUCAGUAUGGUGCAGUAGAGAGCUGUGAACAAGUCAACACUGACACAGAGACUGCAGUCGUUAAUGUUCGAUAUGGAACCAAGGACCAGGCCAGGCUGUCUAUGGAGAAGCUGAAUGGAUCUAUGAUGGAGAACUACGCCUUGAAAGUGUCCUAUAUCCCAGAUGAAACCGCUUCACCAGAGGGUCCUUCAGGAAUGAACAGGAGAGGCUUUAACGCACGCGGACCUCCUCGUUCCAGCUCUCCAGGUAUGGGCGCCCGGCCCAAAGUGCAGUCGGACAUCCCUCUGCGCAUUCUGGUCCCAACGCAGUUUGUGGGCGCAAUAAUCGGCAAGGAGGGUGCCACCAUCCGCAACAUCACCAAACAGACGCAUUCAAAAAUUGAUAUCCACAGGAAAGAAAAUGCAGGUGCAGCAGAGAAGCCCAUCACGAUUCACUCCACCCCAGAAGGUUGUGCGAACGCUUGCAGAACCAUCAUGGAAAUCAUGCAGAAGGAAGCCAUUGACACUAAGUUUACUGAAGAGAUACCACUGAAGGUCCUUGCACACAACAACUUUGUAGGAAGAUUAAUUGGGAAGGAAGGACGCAACCUCAAGAAGAUUGAGCAGGACACGGGGACCAAGAUUACAAUCUCACCUCUGCAGGACCUGACCCUGUACAACCCCGAGCGGACCAUCACACUGAAGGGCUCAGUCGAAGCGUGUUCAAGAGCUCAGGAGGAGGUGAUGAAGAAGAUCGCAGAAUCGUACGAGAGCGACAUGGCUGCUAUGAACCUCCAGUCCAAUCUGAUUCCAGGCUUGAAUCUGAAUGCCUUGGGUUUGUUCCCCAGUGGAGCACCAGGCAUGGGUCCCUCCAUGUCCAGCAUGCCACCUCCUGGAGCACACGGUGGAGGCUCAUUUGGAUGCAGUCCUUAUGGGGGUGAGGGGCCAUUUUGGGCUUCUAUGCCACCGGCGAGCAGCCGGCCCCCUCCUGGACACCCCGAGUCUGAGACGGUUCACCUGUUCAUCCCUGCACUUGCAGUCGGAGCCAUCAUCGGAAAACAGGGUCAACACAUCAAACAGCUGUCGCACUUUGCCGGAGCCUCAAUUAAGAUUGCCCCUGCAGAAGGAAUGGACUCCAAACUAAGGAUGGUAAUCAUUGUCGGACCACCAGAGGCUCAGUUUAAGGCUCAGUGUCGCAUAUUUAGCAAGCUGAAGGAAGAGAAUUUCUUUGGACCUAAGGAAGAAGUGAAGCUGGAGGCUCACAUCAAGGUCCCAUCAUUUGCUGCUGGACGCGUCAUCGGGAAGGGCGGAAAAACUGUGAAUGAUCUGCAGAACAUGUCGUGUGCAGAUGUGGUGGUGCCCAGGGACCAGACGCCCGACGAGAACGACCAGGUCAUAGUCAAGAUUAGCGGACACUUCUUUGCAUGCCAGCUGGCCCAGAGGAAGAUUCAGGAGAUUCUCGCCCAGGUGAGGAGGCAACAGCAGCAGCAGCAGCAGCCGCCCAAGCCCUCAUCUGGAGCCCAAACUCCAGUGCCUCGCAGGAAGUAAAGUUCCAGCGGACCCAGAGGAACGGUGACCGAAUAUGCCAGAAGACUCAACAGAUGGACAGAUGCAGCAGAGUCCAGGGGGAAAAGACAAGGGGUCGCAAUGCUCAUCUCAGGGGUCAAAAAGGUUCUCGCCAACCAAACAUCCAACCCCUCCUUGUCUUACUUGAUGAACUUUCAAGUGUGGCUGCUAAGAGACGCCACGCCUCUUAACCUCCACCCACCCCAUCUCUGCGUCUCUGUAAAAAAAAUGUACUUCUGAGGGCUCCCAACGUCGUCACCUGCCCUCACAUGCACACACCCCCCUCGACUGCUCUCCUCCUCCCCCCCUUUUUGUUUAAAAGAAAACAAACGUUUAUUUUUUUUCUCACUAGAAACACAAAGAAGAAAUAAGGAUCCCCCCGCCCCCACCCCCUCCUAUCACCCCCUUGGUGUGGUACUUCAAACCUGACGAGAUGUUUUUGGUUGACUUGAAAUUUAGUUGACGUUUAAUUUUUUUUUUUUUUUUCGGAUGGCGUUUAAUUGGUUGAUGAAGCUUUCUAAUGAGUUUUCUGUGGAAAGGAAAAGGCAUUGCGAUCAAGGUCCAGGUUGGACUAACAGAGGUUUAUUGGGGGGGAGGGCUGGCUCAGAUGGGGUGGGCCAGGUUUAGGGGAAAGAUUGUCGUUUCAGGAUAGGACCCUUAAAAGGGUGGAUUAUACUGGGCAUCCUGCCUUUGUAAUGAUAGUGGCAUUUUAUAAAUUCGGAUGCAUUUUAUAGAUAGACCUAUAUACAUAGAUGAAUAUAUAUUUAGAGGUGAGGGCAGCGCCACGACGCACACGAAAAGAAAUGGUGUCUAACUGCUGCUGCCCAGGAAAACCAAUUUAAUAUGCAUUUUACUUAACUACCUCAGGAUCUAGUACCUCAGAAGAGAAAAAUGAUUAUAUAUAUAUGAAAAAAAAAUGUUCCUUUCUUUUUUAUUUUGCUUUUGUGGUAUUUUGUAUACUUUAUAAAGCUGAUAGUCUUUGAACAUUUUUAUUUUUUUAAGAAAAUUUAAAAUGUGGUCAGCUGCCAACUGACCUUGCUUUCAACUCUGGUGCUUUAGGUGGCAUUGUACAUGUGUAUGUGUGACUUAAAGAUGACCCUGUACAUAAAGUCUAUUUGUACAUAGCAGCGCUGGAGCAAGAGUUGGCGCCCCCUCAGCUGGUGGCUGACAGGAGUAUCAAGAGAAAAAUUGCCUCAGUUUUUUUUCCCCCCUGAGGGUCCACCAUCUUCUGGAGAAAAACAAAAACAAACCUACAAAACAACUAAGACAUGCAAAUAAUGCCAACCGUUCAAAAACGCAGCAAUGCCAUUUAGUUUUGGGAUUGACACUGUUAUUGGUAAUGGUACUUUAAUUUGUCAUAAAAUGUUCGCCUUCCUAAGAGGGCUGUGCGGACUCUGCAGCGUGGACCUGGGAUGGUCCGGGGCCGUAGUUGCCCCAGAGUCAGCAGAGUUGUCCGUCUGUUGUCUGCUCCGUGCAGACCUUCUGCCAUCUUCUUGACAUUAAUGUCUCAAGCAAACAAGUCCAGGCCUGACUAGGUUUAUUUUCAUAGAACAAGCUUUGUCAGUUCGAAGUGGCUCUUGUAGCCGAGUCGGUGUUAACAUCGUUCACUGCGUAGUGAAGGUAGGGGGAGUCGCACUGAUAGAUGCUUUUUUGUUUUUUUUCGUUUGUUUGCUUUUUCUUUUGCGCUUUAGGGAAAUAAAUGAUGUAAACAAAAAUGACCUUCCUCUGUAGCCCGCAAAAUGCAAUGUGAUGUUUCAAUUUGUUAAUACAGGGGAAAAAUAAUUUGGUGCCUAUAGAAAAGGCACCAAAUCCUAAAUGAACCCAGACCAAUGGGUAAGACUAGAGGACGGAAAUCCAACACUUAACACAAUUAAUUGCAUUUGUCUUUCUACGCCGAAUGUAAAUAUACUGAUUGUGGUAAAAGUACUUGAGCGUAUCGAUGCUUCCACAGUAGAACGCCGUCUACCUCAGCUGAGGGGGUGGGGGAGGGUUGUUGUGGCACUAGGCGCCCCCCCGCCCUGCCCCCACUGAGCGCCAGCGCGCACUGAUACCUCAGUCCCCCCCGAACACUUCUUUAGACAUGGGCGCGCCAUCCUAACACCACGCUUAACUGAGGGGCACAAGUGAUACUUAAAUUGAUCCCCGACACCACCUGCUUUCUUCUGCCAAACCACCCUCCCUGCUCCCUUACCGCUCCCCUUUCCUCCUCCUCCUCCUCUUCCUCCCCCGCCCCAGUUUGUUUUGAUCUACCUCUUUAGACACAUAUUUGAAGUAGAGGCAUUCUUCUAUUUGUUAGAGUUUAGCCCCCCCUCUCUCUCCUUUAUGGGUCCCCACAUAUGAAUGGAAACUUAAAAUUGAAAUCAUGUACUCUGUAGAUUUGAGAAUAAUUGAAAGUGAUCAAAAUUCUUUUUGCCAGUGUUUUUUAUAUAUAUAUACUCCUUUCUUUUUGGCUUAAUUGAAAUCCGCAAAUGGUAUUUCUUUCUGCUUUCUAUUUUUGGUGGUGUGGCUUAUAUGUAUUUGAACUUUUGCUUGGGUUUUUUGUGAAAAGGGUCAAAUCACGUGUUUGAUUUUGCAUUCAAUAGUUAAAAUGAUAAAAAAAAAAAAAUACAAUCUUUUUUUUUUUCCCUUUAAAAAUAGGGCCUGCCUUUUUGUUUUUGGUUUGUAAGACUUCCAAAUUA